AUGUUCGCCCUCUCGAGCGCGCCCGUUCGCGUGGUCGUCCAAAAGCGCGCCGCGAGAAGAAGGACGGUUGAUGACCUCUCGACUCGAGCUCGACCGACGCAAGCUUUCGUGCGCGCGCGAUGCAUCGUGCGCGCGCAGUCGAAGGAGACGUCUUCGACGGCGACGAUUUCUUUCGCGCGCGCCGAACGCUCAAAGUGCGAGCGCAGAGCGAUGAUCAAGACGCUCGCGCAGAGCGGUGGGUACGGGCGCGGCGGGUUCAACAUAGUGCCGGUACCCGAUCGAGUGGUCGCUUUGGUGCCGUACAUCUUGCCGCUUCUUAGCGCGCUUCGGUACAGUCGGUUCUUCUUCAAUCAGUUCCCGGCGGCGAUCGUGUUGUUGAAGCCGCUCAUGCCCAUUCUGCGAAUGGUAUCGACGUUGCCGAUGGGCAACUUGAUUUUGUUCUUUAGCGUUUACCUCGGCGUGGCGAAGAACCAAAAUUUGUCGCGAUUUUGCCGAUUCAACGGGAUGCAGGCCAUCUUGCUCGAUAUCGCGUUGAUCUUUCCCUCACUCGUCGAGACGCUGUUUGGACCGGGGAUUUUGGGAAUCGGAUUGCCCCCGGUUCUGACCAUGCUCAUGCACAACGCCAUCUUUGUCGUCACGCUCGGUGCCUUCGCUCUUGCCGCAGUGGGGUGCAUGACGGGCAAGUACGUCCGGCUUCCAGUGCUCGCGGACGCGGCGGAGGCGCAAAUGGGGUACUGA